UACAACAGAUGCAGUCUUCUUGCAAUGAAUGUAGUGGCGAGGGUAAGGAAUUUUGUCCAUCUAAGUUGUCCUUUAAUGCCCUUCUAUGGUAAAAUGGAAAAUGAAACCCUGCUUAUAGGCCAUUUGCACUAGGAGGUCAUAUGACAUCAUGUUAAUAUAAAAUAAGUGAAAGUUAUAUGAUUUUACCGUAAAAAAAGUGGAAUGAAUUGCUUAAUGCAAGGUCAGGUCCUCCCUCCUAGCUGUUAGGGACGUUUCACCAGGAGAGAUGUCCAUGCCUCAGCGAAAGAAAUUCCAUGCUGAUGACUUAAAAUCUGUCCGGAAUCUGGCCAGGAGCUCUGAUUUGUUGACUUAGCAGUUAUAUUGUUUUAGCUAUUAUUUACGAAUUACAGACAAAAGAAAAAAGGCCACAAAGGUCAAAUAUAAAUGCGAUUAAUCUAUAUACAAAACAGUCAAUAAUUGUGCUCUUUGAGUUUUGCUCAAGCUCGCAAAACAACACAAAACCAGGAGAAACCUAACAUUGAACAAAUUAAAAUCACUGAUGUUUGCUCAUGGAUGAUUAAUGAUAAGUUGAUGUUGAAUGAUGAUAAGACUGAGUUUCUGGUGAUCGGCAUGGUAGUGCAUUCUUUUAUCUGUUUAGUAUCCAACACAUAUGGAAAUACCUUACUAGUGAAUAUACUGAGAAACUGAUUCAUGCAUUUAUAAUGAGUAGGUUAGACUAUUGGAACAGUCUCCCUCCUCUAGCCCCCUUGCCAUCUCCUCUUUCUUUUAUCCUCUCCUUUCCAAAUUAAAAAUUGACACAGGUUUUGUUCAUUUGAUAGUUUAUAAUGACAUUGAAAAUUAACAUUGAAAAUUUGGGACACUUUAAAAGCCCAUGUUCAGUUUACUUGAUGUGAUUAUUCUUUUAUUUAAUGAGAUAAUAAAACAAAAUGAAAUGAUUAUCUCCCUCGAGUCAGGGUGCGUUUAUCAGAGAGGGGCGUCUAAUACUUACUUUAACGGCAUAGAUGGGGCUUUUGUUAGAUAAGAGGCAUUUAUGUGGAAGUGGGCAUUUAUUAGGUCAUUUACGGUAGUUAUGCAAACAUUGUUUUAUGUCAUCAGUGUGGAAUUUCUUUUGUUGAGGCACAGAUGUCUCUCCUGGUAAAAUGUCCCUUCUGGGGAGGAGUUAGGAGAGAUGGCUGUUUUCGCAGGCUUUAGUUUUCUCCUCAUUUAAUGAAUGUUAAUGGUUUUGAUUUUCAGGGGAGGUGAUAAAUCCUAAAGAUAGGUGUAAAAAGUGUCAGGGAAAAAAAGUAUGCAAGGAAAGCAAAAUUUUAGAGGUAAGGUGGUAAAGUUAUUGCAAAUUUAUUGUUAAUAAACAUUUUAACUCCCAAGAAUGCCAUUGGUUACCAUUAAUUUUAAGAAAACAACAUAUGUAAAGUUUUAAAUUGUUAAGUGGUGAGAAACAACAUCAACACAUGUAGUUCUGUGAAUCUGUGCAAAAGAACAGCUGCAGCCAAGGAGCUUGCAUUUUAAUGGUCAUUCCUUAUGACUUUACCCACAGCUUGAAAAGUAAAAACAGAAUUUCUUACCUUGGUCUAUUAUUUUGUUUAUCAUCUCAAAUUACCAGAGGCAAGCAAAGUUUGACAUUACCUUGCUCCUCAGAAUUGAUAUCUUGGCUGGUUGUUUGAAAUUGAACAAAAUCUUGCCCUUUGGUUUGUGAUAGGUUAUUAAUUUUACUAUGAUGAAGGUGUAGUUGCAUGGUACAUACACUUUGCAUCAUUAACUGUGCACCAUAUCAAUAAUUAAUUUGAUGUCUAAGACAUCUCAGACAAAGAUGUCUCGAAUGUCUUUGUUAUCUAGUAUCCAUCUAUCUAUUUUGGGUGCACCCGCACUGAUUUAAUAAGUCUGUCCCAUUCCUGUCUGUUGACCUUGACGGAUGCAAGAUCCUCCCCUCAAAGACCAGUGUCACUCUCUAGCUGGAGUUGUCUAGUGUACAUAUGGGAAAUGAGACAGAUAAAUAGUUCCAAAGUUAGAUGUGUCAUUUUGAGGCAUUCUGAGACAUCUUAGUGGCAGUGUAAAGACAGGAAGUACUUACCCCUUUAUCCACAUAUAAAUUACCUAGACUGAACUCCAUACAUGAUGUUGUAGUUAAUUUUUUAUCUCUGGUAAUAUUUGUUUUUCCUUUUGUUUUUGGGUAUGGCAAUGUAUGCUAAUGAAGUUGAAACAAAGAAUAAAUAAGAAUUACCUGAGAUAAAAUAUUAACUGCGACAUGCACAUUUUCAUUAUGGAACUGGUUGAGAGAAUUUGAUAAAAGAUCAAAGCACUUUUGCUGAUCACAUUAUUAAUUCUCAUAGCCUUUUCUGUUGAUGAUUUAUUGAUACUAUUAGGAGAAGAUUAAUGUUGAUCACUCUUGGAACUUACAGGGUUAACAUGCUCUUAACAGUCAUAUGUUAGAUUUGUCCAGACCUUUUAGAUGUUUCCCCCCCAGUAUAAAAUAGUCUGCAAUUGAUGAGUAAACAACAUAAAUUUGUUUUGGUAAAAAUCUAUUUUCAGGUCCAUGUGGACAAGGGUAUGAAUGAUGGACAAAAGAUCACAUUCAGGGGAGAAGGAGAUCAGGAGGUAAAUGUUGUAGCUAUCCUUCAGUGGCAUUAUAACAUCUGGCUUGAAUCAGUGUUAGAUUCUGCAAAACCCACCUACCUCUCCCUUUACCCAACAGGAGGUAGGUGGGCAGUUUCCCUGAAUCAAAACUGCCCAGUUACUCCUCUUAUAACCCAACAUUUUUGCCUUAGUAAGAAGUUAGAGUUGACUUUGGAGUAUGAGAGAGGUAGGUAGGCAGCUUCCCCGAGUCUCAUACUGAUCAUCUGGUCCAAACAGCGCAUGUCUUGUGUGCCACACCUAACUGGUGCAUUAGGUUUGGUAGAAGUGAGAUGUGAGAAUCAGUGUAGAUUGUCAGUUUUAUUAAUUUAUGUUAAGUGUGAAGAGUAAAUGUAGAGCAGUGUGUUCAGCAGAUGCUCUUGCAUUUUUCGACACUUGGAGCAGUGGCUGAUUUGUACAACAGUUUUCUAAAGCUUUGACCCUGAAUCAUUAAUUCAUAAACUCUUCCCAUAAUUGUGACUGUUAGCAAAUCCUUUUGGUAGAUAUCAUAUGGAAGGUUAGUUUGACUUAAGUAUGUUUCCUGAAUUAGUUGUUUCUUCAAAGUCCCUCUGAAAUAAAAUGUUUUCAAAUGAGGUUCAGCACAAGACUAUCCUGGCAUUUGAACUAGGUUUUUAAGAAUGGUUGAGAGUUUUCCUUGAAAACAUUAUCUGGACACCCUCAGGUUAGGGAAAUGCAAAGCACUCUUGGUUUCAUUAUUUUGUUGUCAACUGUCAGAAUUUACCAUUUUUCUUUCUAAUUCAUAUUUAGUUAUCCCAGUGAGGUUUCAAUACCAAAUGCCCUAUUGGCACAAGACAACAAAAUCCUGAAAGAAUGUUUUUACAAAUUGUUGUCAAAUGAUUGCUUAGCACAAAAGGCUAUUGCACCAAAUUGUUUGAUGUGCUUUUUAGAGGUACUGUUCUUUUAAGGCCCUUGGCCCAUUUAACCAUUUCUUUUCAUCUUCUCACUCCUGUAGCCCAAUGUUGAACCUGGUGAUGUAAUCCUCGUUUUACAACAAAAAGAUCACGACUUAUUUACGCGUCAAGGAGAUGAUCUCUUUAUGACCAAGAAAAUUCACCUUGCAGAAGCACUCUGUGGCUUUCAUAUGGUAAUCAAGCACCUUGAUAAGAGAGAUCUGAUUGUGAAAUACCCGGCUGGUCAGGUUAUAGAACCAGGUAAGGGCUCUUUUUGGGUUCGGACCUCUUCAGGUCCUUAUUAUCGCACCACAUAUAAAUAUACAUGUAAGAGCACCUACAACCUAGUACAGAUAAAAAGUUAGAGCCUUGAACAUGGACAUCUACUUGAGAGAAUCAGAGCCACAAUAAUCAGAAUUUUCCACUGCUGGCACAGCUUGUGAUACUAUGGCUUACAAUUUAAUAAAAACUACAUUUGCAGAAUUAGAAUCAGAAAAAGAACUAUGAACCAAACACAAUAAUUUUUUUUUAUUCUCCUUCCCACAUGUUGUGAUUGGUUUAGUUCUUUCACUUCUGCUUAUGACUUCAUCAAUCUUGAGUAGCUGAUCUUAAGCGAUGGAGUGGUAAGCAGAAUCAGAAUGCUCUUUUCACGAGAUCAAAACACUGAUUCUGUUGCUAGUGAAAACCAGCCUUAAGUCUUGACAUUGAUUCUAAGCAGGAGUCUGAUCAAUGUUUCAGCAAAUCUUUGACUUUGCCAUUCUGCUCCCACUCAAAUUUUUUUAGGUGAUGAUAUUACUAAAUACAUAAUUUAUCAUAGUUUAAUUAGUAUUAUUAAAUUCAAUUAAAAGAAUGACUUAAAUAUUCUGUUUUAUUGUGAAUUCUUUGUCAGGUUGUAUUAGAGGUGUAGUUGGAGAAGGCAUGCCAGGGUACAGAAGACCCUUUGACAAGGGAAACCUCUAUAUCAAGUUCGAAAUUGAAUUUCCUCCAAACAAUUUUAUCCCAUGUGACAAAAUAUCAGUGAGUAUCUUUGAUUUAGGAAGAGACUGCAGAUAAUGUGUUAGGUGGGAUUUUCUGAAAGCUUACAAUUUAUGAGUGACCAGUUUUGACCUAUAGAGGAUAUUACAUGGCCAUGUGGAGAUAUGAAAUUUCUCUUUGAAUGUUGAAAAAUAUUUCACGAGUGAGCGCAGCCAACAAGUGAAAUAUUUCGUAUCUCAAAGUGGCCAUUUAAUGUUCUAUUUAUUAUAUAAACACCAGUGAAAUGCCAAACCAUUUCACUUAAAUAUUUUUUUGCUGCAAAAGUCACGAUUUAUAAUGUGGCCAUAGCAACAGUGACCUUUUCACAUGUGAAAAAUACCAUGUAAUUAUUACCACACCCUUCUGAACCCCUCCCAAGUUGUUAUGAUUGCUUUGCAAUUUUACCAAAAAUAAUGUUUUCCUAAAUGACAGUGUUUGCUCAUUGCUAUAGCUACUUGAGUCCUUACUUCCAUCUCGACCAAAGCAAGCUCCACCCGGGGAAGAUGCAGAAGAGGUGGACCUCAUGGAACUUGACCCAAGAUAUCACCAGAGAGAAGCCUAUGAAGAUGGAAGUGACGACGAAUCUGGACAUGGACCGCGUGUUCAGUGUGCACAUCAGUAACAAAAGACUCUUUUCGGGAGCUUUUCCUUUGUUGUGACAGUUAAGACUUGUUCCUCUGAGGAAGAGGGAAUUUUUACAAGGAUUUACAAGUGGAUUAUUUCAGAGCAAUAUGAGAAAACGGUUGUGUGUCUGGACAGUUUAACUCAAGUACACGGUGACCAAUUUUGUCUCACAUAGAAGCAUAAUGUACAAUAAUGAAGCUUUCAUAUGGUUCCACUGGGUGGAGUCAUUUGAGUGCUAUGUUGGAAAAAAAUAUUAAUUUUUAAUUGGCUAGUACUAGCUCCCUGUGUAUUGUCUUCCUGCGAUUUAGCAUUUUUAGCAGGGCUGUCAUUACCUUUGUUAUGUCUGAGUGGAUGUUGCUCUUAUCAACCUUUUCUUAACCACAUAAUAUGUAUCAUAAUAAUAUUAUCAGGAUUGUUUAAACAAAAAUGUAGAUGGCUCAAAGCACAGACUCCAAAUCCUCUGAAAGCUUGUUGGUAUUCCACUUUAGUUAUUAUUAAUAAGUUAUUAUUGGCGGAGAGCCGUGAUUACCUUUUGUAGGUGUGAAAUAAGAUAUUAUUGAUUUGGGAACUGGUGGGUGGAUGCUACCAAUUUUCUAACAAUGUUUUCUUUUGUCUUUAUAGCAGUAGCCUGUUCAUAGACCCUCUGUUUUCUCUUUAGCCCCUCAAUUUCCUCAUACAAAUUCUCCAAACUGAUCUCCAUACAUUUUAAAAUUCUUAAAGAAUUCCUUAAGAGAAUUUGGCUGAAGAUCAAAACAUUUUCCUUCUUCAUUGUUUUGUUAAUUCUCAUUACCUUUUGCCUUUAUGAUGAAUUCAUUUGGUAGGAGAAAAUAUUGAUUUUUCUUGCUCUUGGGACUUUAAGGGUUAGAGAUCAUUGAGUCAUUGUAUGAAAAUAAAAACUGCAGGGGAUUUAUUAAGCACAAGCACAAGUGGGUGGGUGGGUAUGAGAAGAAGAGGUUCUUUCUUGUAAUUUGCACUCACUUCACUUGUGUUAACCUGUGAGCAAGCUCUCCGGGUCUCUGGCAGUAGGGUGGGAAAAGGAGGAGAGCUUGCAGAUACAUCUCUCCAAUUCCCCUGUGGCUCCCUGUCGACUUAGCUGUCAGAUUUCCGCCAAUCAAAAUGAGCAAGAAUGUGAACAAACUUUGAAAAAUGCAUUCCAAGAGUAAUGAUGUCAUUACUAAUGUCAUCUCUGCCUAUCAGCCUUUCGCAUCAACUUUUUCAAUGCAGAUAUUAAAAUUCCAGAGACGCAGUCGUAAGCUCUCCUUCCUUUUCCCGCCCUGCCUCCAGAGCACCCUGGAGAGCUUGCUUGCAGGCUGCACUUGUGUGCUCAACAAAUUACUCACCUGCUAAAUUAUUAUAAAUGUGGACAGGCUAUUUUGUGGGGGAACAAAGUGUUUAACAGGAACCUUUUAAGGUAGGGGAAAAUAUUGCCUCAGCAUUCUCAAAAAUUAUACAUCUAACUUAAAUUUUUAAGUAUGUCAUUUCCGCAGAGGAGCUGAAGUACUGACCCCCUGUUGUAGAGUGUUUUUCUUUCCUUGACGGGUCAAAUACUGAUGAAUUAAGUAACACAUUAACUCACAUUUGCUACUUCAGAUAUGGGUUUGGGUUUUAAUUUGGGCUGUCAGCCUUUUGGGCUUUUAGUUUUAGUGUUAAGACAUUUUCAUGGACGGUGGAAAUUUUCUGCAUUAAUUUUACACUGCUCCAUAGCUAAAAUCCACGUGUACAUGGACGUGUACACUACACCUUGUUGGGCACAGGCCACAAAACAUUUUAAUACAAAAGAUCAAUGCCACUCCAGGGUCAGUUACCAUGACAACUGAGUUGCCAUGGUAACUAUCCCUUGAUUUUGUGAACAACUUGGCCAAGGUUUUGUUUCUCGCAUUUUGUUGUUGUAUUAAUAAUUUAUUAUAACAAGCAUUGUUCAUUUUUUUUAACUCACUCAAUUUUAAGUUUCUUUUUCUUUACUAUUUUUAUAUUUCUUUGUUGCAUGAUCAUUAGUUAACAACAAUGGAAGACAAAAAUUGAAUGAAAGAUGAAAUUGAAAUGAAACUUUUUAAAAACUUUCACUCUUACUGCCAGACAAAAGAAAUACCAAAGUGGUUUAAUUUGAAUGUCAAACCAUAGAAAUGAAUCCACAGACUGAAAAGUUAGAGGCAGUUUUUGCAGCAUGAUAAAUAAUCCCUUGUACAAGUACCACUGAAGAGUAUUUAUUCGGAUAGUUUCACUGUAGGAUCUGAUCCACAGAUCAAAUUUAGAUCCUUUUAUACAAAGUAACAAAUAAUAGGAUACGAAAAUACAGCUGAAAAUGUUUUUUUUUUAUUAUAUGACCAUGAAAUUGUCUUUCUUUUUCUGUCUUAAUUGCUUUUGUUGGUCCUUUACCUUAACCUCGUGUGGUUUUGCAAUAGACUUAUUUAGUAAUGAUAUUGAUAGGGCUGUUUAUAGAUAGUGCUAGGUGAUUAUCCCUUGUGUAAGUACUCGUUUUGUUCCUCAAGCAUGCAAGCAUGCAAGUUUGACUGGAAGGAGUAAUUAGCAGUUUAUUAGAGGGAUUUUUUUUCUAGGUGCCUUGUGAUCAAUUUGUCUUAAAAAUCCUUCUAAUAAACUGUUAAAAAGUGAAAGGGUUAAGUCCUCAAAAAGCAACUUCUUUCUUUACACCAGAAAAGGUAAAUGACAACCCUGUUUUAAAUGUUGCCAACUUAACGUCUUCUUUAAACAUGGAGCGAUCCUAGCUACUGUGACCGAGGUAUUCAUCCAUCUGUUACAAAUGCUGGAAGGUUUCUUGCUCCACAGAAUCCAUAAUAUCUUUUGUGAAUAAAUUUAUUUCUAUUGAAAAACAACAGAACUGCCACUGUGCUUAGUCCUUCAGUGGGUGAUUAAACUAAUGUAGGCUUAAGUACCAUGACAACUUGUGCGCUCUGUUUACAGUUGAUUCGAGAUUAUAUUUAAAUGUGACCUUGUUUUCUUAACCCUUGAAAGCACAAAUUCUCUAAACUGACUUCCAUACAUUUCCUUAAAGAAUGUGUUCAGCGAAUUUGAUAAACGAUCAAGGCAUUUUCUCUUUGGUGAUCAUUUUAUUACUUCUCAUAACCUAAUCUCUUGAAUGUAUGGAUAUCGUUAGGAGAAAAUUGAUUUUGGUCACUUUGGAACUUAAAGGGUUAAACAGAAGCAGAAGGUAUGGUUUUCAUCCCAUGUAAGGUAAUCCACAACAGUGUUGGAUUGUGUAUUCCAUGCUGUGGAUUCUGAAGUCCGGGUACCUGGUUCAAGUAGUCCAGUACCUCAAAAGAACCUCUAAUUUAAGUGGUCGUGUAAAACAAUAUUGCCUUUUGUGUUGAGGGUUAGGGUAAUCUAGAUUCCUGUCAGUGAAAUCUGGAUUCGGUUUUCAAUUGUUAAUUGGAUUACAGAUUUCUGGAACUGAAUGCAGAUUCCAAAGCCCAGGAAUCCGGAUUCGGGAUCCUGGAUUACCUUACAUGGUGCAAGGUUUUGCUAAAUCCACUCAACUCGGCUUUUACAGACUUGCUUUAGUUUUUCUUAAAAGAGGCACAGCUGGCCUGUUGAUCUUGCACUUUGCAAAAUUUGAAUUUCCUUGCAUGGAAGAGUCUUUUAUAAUUGCUGUGGUACUUGGCUUAAAUUAUUAUAACAUUCAUACGUUAGAUUGUUUUAAAAAUUCAUAAUACUAUCAUGGAUGAUCCCAUUCACCAUUUGCACAUCUCCCAUAAUACACCUUGUUUGCCCCCCCCCCCCCCCCCC